AGAGAGAGAGAGAGAGAGAGAGAAAGCAAGGGAGAGAAGAGACCGAGAGACCACCACCAUAUGACUUGUGUGGGAAACUGGAUAUAUUAACGACCCAGACAUAAGGGGGUUGAGCUCUAAAUACAGAAGAUUAAGAGGAAAGGAAGACAAUCAUUAUAUAUAUAUUUUGUUGUUGCAUCAACCCUCCUCCCAUGUUGUUCAGGAGAGACUGCAGCUCCAUCGCUACAGCGCUGCAGGAGCACAGUGAGGAGGAGGAGGAGGAGGAGGAGGAGGAGGAAGGAGAGAACAAGACAGAAGAAGAGGGGAGCAAAGGGGAAAUACACAGUCAGUUAGGUCGUCUGAGGUGUGUGUGUGUUCAGUUUGUGUGUGUGUGUGUUUACGGAUGUGUGUGUUCGGAUGUUUCCAGCCCAUUCUAUAGCUAUAGCCCAUCUCUGUUUAUUUCUGGGGCGUCCUGGUGAGGUACGAUCUCUCUCCCGUCUCUAUCCUCUCUCCCUCUCCCAUCUAUAUCCUCUCUCCAUUUCUGUGUGCCAGUACGGCACAGCUAGACGGGUGGUGGUGGUAUGUCUGAUUGAGCUCAUCAGGCUGUGCUCGCUGUGGCGCUGCUGCCGUCAGGGCCUCUGGGACUAUUAGAAAAGCCUGAGCCUAGCCUGUCUGGAGUGCCCCAGCCAACGGAGAGGUGAGUGGGUUAGUGCCAUCCCAGCUGGCGAGGAGGGUGGAGGAGGAGGAGGGUGGAGGAGGAGGGUGGAGGAGGAGGAGAGAAGGAGGAAGAGGAGGAAGAGGAGGAGGAACGCAUACAGCCGUGGGAAGCAGAAUGCUCGGCCGUCAGUAGCAUCUAGCAUCCUUAACGUCACGCCAGGCCCAGACCGAGAUCCAGACCCUGCCACCUCCAUUGACAGACAGAUGAAACCUCUCUCUCCGUCCCAGGUGAUGUUCUCUGGACCAAGCCCUGCUCUGUACAAGACGGGGAACCUGUUUUUGAUUCCAUUAUCAUAAAACAACAACAACAACAAAGGUAAAGGGAAAUACUAGGAGAUCUAAACCUCCAUGAUUCUCCAUCUUCGCCUCCCGGCCCUGAUCUUUCUGUGUCAACCUGAUUUUCUCUUCUUGACGUUCUGAGGAUUUUGCCUAAACCUGUUUCAUGCAUGUCCACUGGAGGCAGGUUUGACUUUGAUGACGGGGGGUCGUACUGUGGAGGGUGGGAGCAGGGCAAGGCCCAUGGCCGGGGGGUCUGCACAGGGCCACAGGGUCAGGGGGAGUACGCCGGGGCCUGGAGCCACGGCUUCGAGGUCCUGGGCGUCUACACCUGGCCCAGCGGGAAUUGCUACCAGGGCACGUGGGCGCAAGGGAAACGCCACGGUGUUGGCGUGGAGAGCAAGGGCCGCUGGGACUACAGGGGGGAGUGGACGCAGGGCUUCAAGGGACGCUAUGGCCAACUGGAGAGCACGGUUAGCGGGGCCCGUUACGAAGGGACCUGGAGCAAUGGUCUGCAGGAUGGAUACGGGACUGAGACGUACUCCGAUGGAGGUACGUUCCAGGGCCAGUGGCUGGGGGGGAUGCGGCACGGCUAUGGGGUCCGGCAGAGCGUGCCAUACGGCAUGGCGGCCGUCAUCCUCUACCCACUCCGCACGUCCAUAAACUCCCUCCGCUCAGAGCACAGCCACGGCCCCCCCACCACGCUGGAGGACGGCGCCGGGACCGCCGUCUCGCCUGCCGACGGGGUGGUGGGGGGCGGGCUGGUCGGGAGUCCCGUGGGGAGGGGGGGCUUCGCUCUGACUGCGCCCAGCGAGGCGGACCGUCGGGGGAAGAGGAAAGGCCGUUUCCGCCAGUCGAUCCUGAGUGGUCUGAAGCUGCGUCGCUCCGAGUCCAAGAGUUCCCUGGCCAGCCAGCUGAGUAAACAGAGCUCGUUCUGCAGCGAGGCCGGCAUGAGCACCGUCUCCUCUGCUGCCUCCGACAUACACUCCAACGCUAGCCAGGACGGCGAGCAGGGCGCUCCUGUGGAUGCCACGGUCACCGAGGCCUACGCCGGCGAGUGGCGCAGUGACCAGCGGGCGGGUUGGGGCGUGAGCCGGCGCUCCGACGGUCUACGCUACGAGGGGGAGUGGGUGGCCAACAAGCGCCAUGGUUACGGCUGUACAACGUUCCCUGACAGCACCAAAGAGGAGGGGAAGUACAAGCAGAACGCGCUGGUCAGCGGGAAGCGGAAGAACCUGAUUCCUCUGAGAGCCAGUAAGAUCAGGGAGAAGGUGGAGCGGGCUGUGGAAGCGGCUGAGAAGGCUGCAGACAUCGCCAAGCAGAAGGCAGAGAUCGCCCUGUCCAGGAUGAGCCACGCAAGGGGAAAGGCGGAUGCAGCUGAAGGUGUGGCCCUGAAGGCUAGCGAAGAAUGUCGGAUGGCCAGGGUCGCUGCCAAGGAACUCUCGCCGUCAUUCCAUAUCCAUGGAAACGGUGAAUCCAACGGUCUGGAGUGCCAGCGGCCCAAUAAGCACCAGGACAACAAAGACCACGAGAUCAUUUCCACGGGAACUGACAGUCCUGAGCUGUGCACCCCGGACACCACGCCUCCCUUGAUAACGCCUGACCUCAGCCCAGUCCUGAGCGUCCCCCCCUCACCCCCCCGCAGCCCGCCGACCUCUAAACAAGGCCACUCUCACCGUCCCAGAAACGCCUGCUUCAUGCGGCAGAGCGCUGUGGACGACCAGGGAGGAGGAGCAGAGAUACAGGUGCUAGUGGAGGGGCGGGGCAUGGAUUUCCAGAGGGGAGGAGCUAACAACUGGACAGAGGACAUGUAUCCAGACCGGGGGGGUCACAGCAGCCAAUCCACCACCCCGUCUCUACUGGAGGAGCAGGAGGGACAAAUUAACGGCCACCAGCAGGCCCCGUCCAACCACAAACCGAGGGAGAAGGCCUCGACCAACCACAAGUCCCGGGAGCACACUUCCUCUUCCUAUAGGUCGUGGGAGCACUCCUCCUCGUACAACCAGAAGCCCUCAAAGCACACCUCAUCCAAUCACAAGUCGAGGGAGUACAUGCAAUCCAAUCACAAAACAUGGGAUCAUUCCUCCUCCUCCACCAAUCACAGGGCCUGUGAGAAUGCCUCUUCCAAUUACAAGCAGCAGGUGCACAUUUCAUCCAAUCACAAAGCCUUGGAGCAUAACCUGUCCAAUCACAAGACUUCUGAGCAUGCUUCUUCCAAUCACAAGUCGUGCCAAGAUUAUACCUGCUCCAAUCACAUCCCAAAGGACAAUGUCUCCUCAGCCAAUCACAACGACCCCCGAGAGCAUGUGUACUCCAACCACCACUCCAAGCAGCAGCACAUCUCAUCCAAUCACAAGCUUAGCAAGCAUGCCUUGCCCGACCCCGGGCUCGACAGCCCCGCAGUGGGCUGGACUGCCGAAGGCGCCCUGCAGUGGAGCCCUGCCCACUCGCGCCUCAUGGACCGAGAGGAAGAGGAGGACAGGCUGGGAGACUACACAGUAGACAUGAGGUUCCAGCCCCUGGACUCCACUACCCAGAUGUCCCCUGGCCAUUGCCCCAAAAGCAGGCUGCGCCCGCGGGGCCUGCGGCCUGUCAAGGAGGGCUCCAUGGACUCUGUACAGAUGCUGGACACUCUGAAUGUGGGGGCGGAGCAGGAGGAGUGGCCCCUGCACAGGGACCUCACUCUCUCCCCGCCUCUCAAGUCUCAGCCAAUCACCUUGGAGCAGGAUGGGGAGCACCACACCCUCAAAUCAAACUCAGGCUCCAGCUCAGUCCUGGUUGUCAUGGUUAUUUUACUCAACAUUGGAGUAGCCCUCCUCUUCAUCCAUUUCUUUAUUUAACCUUCUAUGAUCUACUAAGUCCUAUUAUGAUGAUGAUGAUGAUGAUGACUUAUAUUACAUAAGUUAUUAUUGAUAUGCCUCUGCCCAGCCACGUGGAGCCUGCAGCGUGGGAGGAGCGGAGGAGUGACGACGGACAUCGACGGUGUUUCUAUUGUCGUUAACCUCCUGCUGUUCCCUUCUCCAGCCCUUUGAUGUUUAUCUCAUCUCAUGUCACAGACUCAGUUAGGGUAUAUAAUUCAACGGAUUUAUCCAUCUGCCUUGAGUUUCUAAAACACUACACUUUUUUUUAAUUUAAUUUAAUUUAAUUUUUUUAAUGAAUUGCCUUUUUUUGUUGUGCUUGCAACCACGUGGAAAGGUAUUUUGACAUUACGACUGUGGAACAGCAGCUUUGAGAUGGUGAUGAUGCGAUGUGGUGGCGUAGUCGGCCACAAACGCACGGGUUUUGUUCGUAGGGCACCUGCUGUAUGGAGGACAGGAUACACAGGGCACAGACUAUGUCCACUGGGCCCAUCCAUCCAAGACUAGUGUACAGCACCCUCUGUCCUACACUGUAUCCCACUUAACAAUAUAACAUGCUAGCCCAUGGUGAUCACACUUCUUCUUCUUCACCCACCUUAGCCCCUAACCCUAUACCCUAUGGCCUCAUCCACCAACUGCUGGGAUGCCUCUCAAAUGGCACCCUAUUCCCUAUAUAGUGUACUACUUUUGACCAGAGCUCUAUGGGGGCUACGGUUAAACACAGUGCAUGAUAGAGGGUAUAAGGUGCCAUUAGGGACGUAGUCCUGAUCUAUGCUACCAAACUAUGCUGCAAGAGUAGAUCCAUGUUAAAGGGCUCCGCCAUGUUUAUUUUCCUGUUCACCAUAACACACACACACACACACACACACACACACAUACACACACUCUCUCACAUACACACUCUCUCACAUACACACUCUCUCACACACACACACUCUCACACACACACUCUCUCACACACACACUCUCUCACAGUACACACACACACACACACACACUCUAUAAUGUUCACCAUAACACACACACACACACACUCUCACACAUACACACGAACACACACACACACACACUCUCUCACAUACACACUCUCUCACACAUACACACACACACACUCUCUCACAUACACACUCUCUCACACAUACACACCCACUCACUCUCUCACACACACACUCUCUCACACAUACACACACACACACUCUCUCACAUACACACUCUCUCACACAUACACACCCACUCACUCUCUCACACACACACUCUCUCACACACACACACACACACACACACUCUCUCACACACACACAGCCAUUACAUGAGGGUGUGAGCAGUUAAAAUAGCAUCUUUCUAUCCCUCUGUCUUUUCCAUCUGUUGUUCUUCAUUCGUCCACAUAUCCUCCUAGAUAUCCAUUCUUCUGAUUCACUUCACUGCAACUACGAACCAAGAGUUGGGAUCAAUGCCGUUUCACAUUCAGUCGAAUCAGGAAACAGACAUUUUUAAGAUUUCAGAUUCGAUUCAUGAAUUGAAUAAAAACCCACUUUUCUAUGAGUUUUUUUUUUUUAAAUUCAUGAAUGAUCUCAACCCUAUCACUUACGCAACAAAACACACGUAGUGUCCACACUACACACACACACACACACACACACACAGGACUAUGGAGGUGGGAGAAUUUAGGCUUGCCCUUGUGUACAGCGUUGAGACUGUUACGUUAUAACACUGAUUCUAAAUAUAUAUAUAUAUAUAUGUAUGUAUGUAUGUAUCAUCAUUAUUAUUAUUAUUCAAAUGUUUGUUACUUUUGAGCAUUUUGCCAGACAGAGAGAAUGCUGAGUGCCUCGUAUUUAUUGAUUUUUUAUGAAUGUAAUGAUUAACUUGAUGAAACACCCCUCGUGGGAAAUGCAGGCUGGGAAGGGGAGGGGGAGGGGGGGGGGGGGGUGACUUUCAGAAUGGUGAAAGGUUGACCCCGCCUGAAAUGGCAUGCACCGUUUAGUCUCUCUCCCUGUCGGCCUUCUUCCAGAACAGUCCACAGGGAGAACUGGGUCUCUUCCAGACUAGUCCAAAGUCCCAAAUGGAGCCCUCUUCCCUAUAUAGCUAGUGCACUGCUUUGGGAGAACAGGUAUACGUGGGCCCUGGUCCAGAAUGGUGCAUGGUAUAUAGUGAAUAGGGUGCUAUUUGGGAAUACAAGCACCUGGAUGUGUUCUCCUCCAGUGUCACUUCCAGACAUGCUGGGGGGGCCCCAUGUUUUUCAGCAUGUUUGUUUAGCCUGCUCAAUCUGGUGUCAGUCAGUUUGUGAGUCUCUCUCUCUCUCUCUCCGGCUCUCCUAGUGUUUUUAUCCAGCUACAGGUGGCUGACGCUGAGGCAGAGACCAUCAUCGGUGUCAAAUAAAUUUAAAAACGCUAGCUUUAAAAAAAAUACAAAAAAAACUCUUGUGGAUUUUCAAAAUGUCGAUCCAGAGUUUUAUGAAUGAGCUUAAAAAAAAAAUCUGUUCCGCCUUUUUAUACUCGGCACCCGGUGACAUCAUGUUGUGACAUCAUGUUGUGACAUCAUGUUGUGACAUCAUGUUGUGACAUCAUGUUGUGACAUCAUUGCAUGCCUAAGCAUGCUCUUUUCUUACGAUUCUUUGGUUUAUGACAUGUGGAGAAAAAUAAUGAAAAUGUUUGAAAUGA